GAGUGAAAAAUUUUAACUAUAAAAAUUGUUUUUUUUUUUAACAAAAUGUGUAAUAUUCGUUAGAUAAACUGAUAUUUGAAUUUUGUUGUAUAAGUGCAUGUGAUUUAUUUUUAAAAUGUCAGCCAAAAAUGAGAAACAAACGUUAGAUAAAAAUAAAACCUUUGAAUUAUAUCCAUUAUCGUUUGGAAAUGGUAAUUGGGAUCCAAACUAUGAUUUGAAAUUGGUUCAAUAUACGUUAGAGCCACCAGAUUCUCCCCAACCAGUCUCCGAAUUUCUCAAACGAAGAUCAGAACAGAAUAAUUCAAACAACUCAACGCCGAAAAGUAUUUUUAAUGAUUCAUUUUGUGUCGAUAAUAGUUUAGAAGAUGACAAUGAUUAUUCAUCUUCGCCUGAAGACAAUUCGAACGCACACAACAAAACCGAUGUUAAAAUUUUCCCACCUUCGUCACAACAAAUAUUUCAAACACCUCUACAAAAACCUAAGACCAACGAAAACCAAACAGAUGGCCAGGAACCAGUUCGAAAUUCAUUAUUUAGUGCCAUUAAGUAUAAAGCCUUACAUUAUAAAACACCUACAAAAGAUGCCGAGAACCCUGUUAAAAAUUCGAUUAUGUCCUCAUUACAAAAAAACGAUAAUAUUUUAUUAACUCAACAAAGAAUAUUAAACUCGGAUCGGUUUAAUUCGUAUUCAACACCAAAAGAUUCGAAACCAUUAUCAUCAGGUUCACAGCAAUUCAGAAAAGGAUUAAAUUUUAAUACGAAAAUAAAAGAUAAUGCAGAAAAUCAUUUAGAUUCUAUCAAAGAAAUUGAAUAUUCGCCGCCAAAAACAAAUAUGAAGAUUUUAACUGAUAUAAGUAAUGAGAAAAUUGAUGACGUCAUUAAAAAGGCGAGCAUUUUUAAACAGUCAGAAUAUGAUCGGAAAAAUUCACCAGAAAAUGAAAAUUUUGAUUCAAUUUAUUUUAAAUUAAAUCAAAAACAACAAACUUCAUCAAGCACUGAAGAAAAUUUACAAAAACUUCAACAAAGAACCAAUAUAAAUCAGGAAUCUUUAAACUUUGAACAAAAUUCAAGGCAAAUUGAUGCCAGAUUAAAUGAUAUAUCUAAAAAAAUUUCAGACUCUGAUCAAAAUAAUUCUAACGAUUCAAAAAGGUGUAGAAAUGAUUUAUCUGAUAGAAAUUUGAAUGAAUUAUCAACAAAAAAAGCUUCCCCACAAAACGACGCAGUGCCAAAAUGUAUUAAAAGCGAUAAUUAUAAUAACGAACAAAAAAUUUAUCAGAAUAAUCAAUUCGAUAAAAAACAUGAAUUUCCGAAUUCCCAACAAUAUGUACGACAGUUUGAGCACGGCUUAAAUAAAGCACCAUCAAAAAAUAUCGCCCCACAAAAUGAAGCAGUGUCGAAAGCUAUUAUUAAAAAAGAUAAUUAUUUUAACGAAUUAAAAAUUGGUCAAAAUAAUAACUUUGGUAAAAUUAAUGAAUUAUCAAAUUCUCAACAAAAUUCACGGCAAAUUGAAGCAAGUAUGGAUGAAAUACAACCAAAAAAAUCUUCUUCACAAAAUGAAACAUUGCCAAAAUCCAGUAUUAAAAGCUAUGGUUAUAAUAGUAAUUAUUUUAAUGAGCCAAAAAGUUCUCAAAAUAAUCAAAUCGAUAAAAUACAUGAAUUUUCAAAUUCGCAACAAAAUUCACGACAAAUUCAAGCUAGUAUGAAUGAAGUACCGCAAACAAGAAAUUAUCCACAAAAUGAUUUGAUACCAAGAAGUAUUGUUGCUGAAGCUAAAAGUUGUCAGAAUUAUCCACAACAAGAAGAAUCGAAUCGUAAUAAAAAUUAUAUUUCCGGUGAUGAGUUUAAAAAACCAGAUAUCAAACCAAUUCAAAACUCCAAAAACAUAUUGCCAGGAAACGCUUACCCUCAAAUAAAUGAAAAACAAAGACCUGUUCCGCACUCAGUUCCAACUCCUAGUAAUAAAAAACCAGAACAAUUCAACAAUAAUCCAAAACCGAGUAUACAAUUCCCGUUACUCACAAGUACAGUAAAGCCUACAUUAGUUGGUCGAACAUUACAGAUACAGAAUGUUGAAUAUUUAAUUAAAUCGAAAUUGGGUGAAGGUGGCAGUUGCGAAGUAUACGAAGGUACAAAUGUUGAAAAUUCAAGAAAUUUUGCAAUUAAAUGUGUGAAUUUAGCCGUUGAUCCAAUUACUGCUAAAGGUUAUAUGUCUGAAAUUCAAUUGUUAGCUAAACUCCAAAGUAGUGAUUAUGUUAUUAAAAUGUUUGCUUAUGAACAAAUUCAGGAUAAACUAUAUGUAAUUAUGGAAAAAGGUGAAAUGGAUUUGGGACAAUUAAUUGAGAAUUCUAAGAAUUUACACAUCGCAAUGGUUGUAUACUAUUGGAUAGAAAUGUUGACCGCUGUUAAAUGUAUACACGAUAAUGGUGUUAUACAUUCAGAUUUAAAACCGGCAAAUUUUUUAAUGGUAAAAGGCCGAUUAAAACUAAUAGAUUUCGGUAUUGCAUCUGUGGUUCAUGACGAUUGCACUUCAAUUAUCAAAAAUACACAAGCUGGUACAUUAAAUUAUAUUAGUCCAGAAGCUUUAAUUGAUACACGUGAUUUUUCAAGUGCUAAUUCUGAUAUGAAUAUUAACAUCAGCUACAAAUCUGAUGUUUGGUCACUUGGAUGUAUAUUAUAUAAAUUUUUAUAUGGUAAAACACCAUUUCAACAUAUUACACAUAAAAUGACGAAAUUUACUGUAUUAACAGAUAAAAAUCACGUUAUUGAUUAUCCAAAUACAAUACGAAUACCACCAAAAUUAUUAACGACAUUAAAAAAAUGUUUAAUAUUUGAAAUGCGAAAACGACCUAGUGUUGAUGAACUUUUAAAAGUUAAUUAUGUAUGUUUUAAUAACUGUGAUUAAAUUUAUUUACAAA